AUGCUGGCUACUCGGGUGACUGUGCCGAGGAAUGAUAUCGGUGCCGAGUUUGAAUCCUUGGUUUCUAAGAAUCCACAAGUUGGAGUGCGCAUCUUGGAGCAAGCGUUGCGGCAGAGGCGAUUGGGAACAGACACUAGUCGCCAGGCGAGGGAAGAGAUCAGUCGCAGGAGGUGGAUCUUGGAAUUAGCCAAGGUCAUCCGAGAGGCAGGCCUUCCAGCAGCAUCGCGUAUUGAUGCUAUGAGCAAUCCUGAGGCAGCCUGGGUUCGUGCUUUUGGCUCCCGUCGAGCAAAGACUUUAAAGAAUCGUGCAGUGGUCUGGCGCAAGCUGGUAGAGUGGCUACAGGCUACGUACUCGGUGUGUUGGCCUCAGUCUGCAGAGGUUGUGCUACAGUAUUUGGAAGAGAGGCAUGAAAUUUCACCAUUGGGCAAAACUGUCCCGGGGGGAAUUCUUUCUUCACUGGGCCUACUGGAACAGGUUGGCCAGGUUGAUGUCACCGAUCGCUUGAGUGAGGACACGUUGCUCAUUGAGGGCGUUCGUUCCUGGAAGGUUGAAUUGGAGCAAGACUCAGCGCCAGUUAAGCAAGCACCCAUGUUUCCGGUGAUUGUGCUGCUGGCGUGCGAACUUUUGGUUUGCAACACUUCAGCUGAUACGUGGAGCAGAUUUUAUGCUUUCAUUAUCCUCCUCCAGGUGUGGGCCACUUUGCGCGUGGAUGAUCUUCAGAAUAUCAACCCGGCGAGCAUAACACUGUCACAGCUUGGGCUUAAAAUGACUUUGGACAGGACGAAGACAUCAGGUGCCGGGAAGCAUGUCGGCAGGCUACAGGCAUUUGUCAUGCGGGGCAUCAGCUUAUCUGGAUUCGACUGGAUCGGUCACGGCUACCGCUUGCUGAAUUCGGAGGCCCUCAAGUUUGAACGGGACUUCCUGUGUGUUCGUUUCUGCGGGGACAGGGACACUGCUAGCCAAGGGUUCAUCGACAAUGAGGAGGUUGCUCUUAACAUACGCAAGUUACUGCAGGAGCUGCCUAUGCCAGUCAAGAAGUCAGGCAAGUGGACAUAUAGCCGGGAUUCGCGGAUGCUUCCUGAAGCUGUUGUGCCUUACUUCACAGGACAUUCGGGCAGGCACACACUGCCUAGUUUGGCGGCUGCGGCAGGUGUGGGCAAGGAGCCUCGAGAUUACCUGGGAAGAUGGUCUGCAGCUAAGCAUGGCAGUCAGGACUACGUGCUUACAUCGCGUCAAGUUGUGCAUCAUGUACAGUCAACGACUUGUCGAGCCAUCCUCGAGGGAUUGCCUGCUCCGGGAAUCGUUGAAGAAGAGAGCUUGAAUGAGAUUCAGGACUAUUAUGCCAAGCGAGGAGGCCCACCGCUGCAACUUAAGCGUCAACUGAAGUGCUUGGAGUGGGAUGAUGAGAGGGGCUCGUGGGCCCUGGGGGGAACUUUCCCCUUGAUCAGCAUGUCACCUGGGAUUCUGGAACAGGCCAAAGGGGAUCCUGGGGCAAAGCUUCCAGAAACUACGAUUGAGCUGGCGGUGGCUGCUCUGGUGGCUGCGGGCGGGUUCAUGUUUGCAGAGUUCGGGGACUUGCACGCGUGGCUAUCGAGCAUUGCAGUCAAACAGGGCUUCGAAUUGCAGAUGGCCGAAUUUGAUGCGACCCGCGAACCUGCUUCGGACCUUAGUGAUCCUGGUUUCUGGGAUGGACUUUUCUCGGAGAUCAAGUCUGGGUCGUGGGACAUUGUUUUGCUUACUCCGCCAGCAUCUACAUUCUCACGUGCUCGCAACAGGCACGCUGGGCGCAAUGGUCCAAGACCAGUGCGGGAUGCUUCCUACCCGUGGGGCUUCCCUUGGUUGCGCAAUGCCGAUAGGGAACUAGUUUCUGUUGCAAAUUUUCAUGUCAAGCAGUGUCUUCAGGCGGCUUCGUUGCAGGCACAAGCAGGCGGCUCCUGGCUGCUCAUUCAUCCUGAGGAUUUGGGCAUUGGGUCAUCGGGCUCGCAUCCUGCAAGUAUCUGGCAGCUGCCUGAGGUGAGAAAUCUUGUUUCGCACGGUUGUUUCAGCUUCGCUUUGCACAUGUGCCAUUUUGGCGCGGCAUCACAAUUCUCCACGCGAGUCGCCGGGCGCCUGGCAGCUUGGAAUCACCAUGGAAUCACGUGGCCAAUGCUUGAUUCAGGCGGGCACUACGUUGGUCCGCUUCAGCCUUGCCAGGUUCACGAUCAUUCAGACACUGUCGGUUGGGACGGCAAUGCCUGGCGCUCUGCCUUCAGCUAUCCUUCAGCUUUCUGUGAGUUCCUUGCUCGAGCUCUGGCGUCGAGUGCACAAGCAACAUUGGCCACAGACUCAGCGGCACUGCCUGAGCUUCCGCAUGCGAGCUCAGGCACGGCUUUCUUCACUGGUGCAUGCAGCCUGGGAGGUAUCGCUGGACUUCGCGCAAAUGCCAGCAAGUUUCCCCUUGCUUCACAGGUGGCAUCUGGACCCGUGAUCCUUGAUGCCAGGGAUCGCCUGCAUGCGACUCUCGAUUGGCAAGGCGAUCGCCUCGUCCUCAUUGCGUACUCAGUUUCGCAAUGGGGAACCGAAGGCUUCAAAACCAACAGCCCGAACGGUGAAGGAGAAGAGAAGGCCACAACAUCGGUGCAGAAAGAUGAGGCUGAGUCUUUUGAUCCAGCUCGGAACCGGACGGCAUCUGCUACAGAGUUGGAGCACUGCGAGAGAAUCUCCUUUCUCAUCAUCUGCGUUGCACGCAGCAAGGAGCAGGAUCGCUGGUCUGUUGCCGGAGGAAAGGGCAACAGAGGCUUUCACCAGUUCGCGACAGACCAGUCUUCACACACUGCCCAAAAGUCCGAGUUCUUGAAGUUCGACACUCUUUACCUUUUGCUGCGCUUCACUUCACGUGGUUACUUCGGUUUAGCUUCAGGGUUCCACUUCGGCUCAAACUUCGGCUCAAACCCGACAGACAUAAGUGAGUCGCAUUUUUCAUUGGUGCCGAGUGCCAGCAAAAGGGACUUUGAAGAAGAGGUGCGUCCUGGUAGGAUUGCUCGUGCUGUGGGCGAUGAACGCUCGCGUACUGCCGUGGCAUCUCCUGCCCUGCCUUGGGAGAGAGGAGUCUUCAGAGCCAUCUUUGGGGAUGAGGGCUUAACUAAUCCCUUUGAUAACCUGGUGCUUAAGAUGCCUGGCCCCUUAGUCCCAGCACAUGUGCCGUCGGCGGAGCCAAAGAUCCCUGAGCCUCCCGUGCCUUCAGCUGACAUCGCGAGCAGGGCAUUCAAAUCCUUCAAGGAUGUACAUCCCAGCGACGAGCGCGAUAUGGUCAUGGACCGAGCGGUGUGCAAACUGCAGCAUGUCAUUUGCCGCACCGAUGUUGAUCGUUUGUCGCCCGAACUUGCACAAGCAGCCUCUUCCAAAAAUGCAAGAGACGAAGUGUUUGGCAUCGUGUCAGCUUGUGUAGGUCUUCGUAGUCCUCACACGGUUGUGAAGCGUGCCAACGCGAUCCUUGCAUACUUGAGAUGGUGUGACAAGGAAGGUUACGAGAAGCCAUUUUGUGAGGAUUCUGUGUGGAGCUUCAUUUCUUACUUGAAGAAAGAGAAGGCAGCUCCGACCCGUGCAGCCUCCCUCAUUUCAGCUUUGCGUUUUGCGAACUUCGUUCUGGGGCUGAGUGUGUCCGAGGUUCUUGCGAGCCGUAGGAUUCUGGGCCUCAGUGCCCAGCUGGGUGUCAAAAAGAAAGCGACCAACCGAGCCCGGCCUCUCAAGGUGUCAGAGGUGCGCUUCAUGCACGGCGUGCUAGAGGACGAGAGUGCACCAAUCUGGGACCGAGCCAUCUGUGCCUACCUUCUUCUUGCACUCUACGCAAGAGCCAGACACAGCGAUUUGGUUCUUGUGGAAGAAGUGAUAGCAGACUUUGAUCGCCAGUGCAGCGGAUACCUGGAGAUCCGCCUCAGAUUCCAUAAGACGGCACAGACUAUUGCAAAGAAGAAUGAUUUGUUGCCUGUUAUCGUUUCAAGCAAGGGCAUCGUGAACGGCGAUUGGCUGGGAUUAGCUACUGAUGUAUUUGAGCGCGUGGGCCUCACCUUGGAUGGGACUGUCGGAUCGUUCCACCCGGAUGCUGCCCGAGCCUUGUACUUUACAGAUCCCCCAGCACCAACCGUGGUGCCACAAGCACCCGAGUUCAAGGCAGCUGUCGAGGCGAAGGUUGAAAUCAUCAAUGAUUCAGCGUCCGAGCGGGCUGAGUCCGAGGGGCAUCAUUCUUCAAGUAGCAGCGAAAGCAGCGAUUCCGAGUCACAAGACGACUCCGACUCAUCGUCCGAGUCAAUUGCGCCUCUCAAAGCGCCCCGCCUGGAAAUCGAGCAGUGGGAUGCCGCCGACUGUGUGGCCAAUUCCAGGACCAGGACCCUUCACCUCCUGAAAUUUGUAAAGAGUGAUCGUCUGCAUUGGGACAUGUUGUUGCCAGUGACAGUGAAGCGCGGCAGUGUGCUGAAUCAGUACCUCGGAGUUUUGACGUGCACAGUGGACUGUCCGAAGCUCCUUUUGCUCGCCAUGUCCUCGUUAAUUGAUAGCGGUGCACACUUUAAAAGGCGUGCGGAUGAGGUCGGCCUCAGCAGUGCAGGGUGGACCAUCCUUCAGGCCCUUGGCAUUACUUCUGUAGGCAAGGCGGCGUACACGAUCACGUCGCCAGGUGAGCCAGUCACGGAACCCAUAUUCAGAGAUUGGGUUGUCGACAAUGCUGCAGGUAUGACUCUGGGUGAUCAAUCAUGCUUGAAAAGGCUCGUGUUCGAGUCCCAGACUCUGGUUGUUGCUGAGUUGCGCGACCAAGUAUCCGGGUCUCAAUCAUCUGCCCCUCGUCGUGUUCCCGAGGCUGAGCGCGACCGAAGACUGAACGAUCUUAGGGCGGCCCUCCCAGGCAUCACGCUGGAGGGCGUGAAUAUGCCAAGCAAUGCCCUGCUAGAUUCAUGUUGUCAGCAGGAGCGAGACAACUUACUCAAGUACAUCCCGCCUGAGAAAGCCACGAGCCGCACCCAUGAACUCACGAAUCCCCGACCGACCCAUCAGGCGCUGCAGGUCGAAGCCUCCAAGAUAGUUCUUAAGAGUGACACUGAUGCCGUUGAGUAUCAACCGGUCAAUGCGCUCCAGACCAUGGAGGCCCUUCGGCGUCGAGGUUUGGCCAUGGUGUUUGCACAGAUGAUUUCAUAUGAUGCCUACGAUCGGUAUGUGAAUCGUCUCUUUAACCACCUGUCCCGCGACCCGCCGCCAGGGCUCAAUCGCGUGAAUGUGACACAAUUGGUUAACGCUGACAAGCAGGUGUUUGCACUGCUGGCCGAGUGGGGUGUCAAACCAAGGAAGGAUACCGCAGGCGAGUAUCCCCUUGAUAAAGAGAUGCACCGCGCUUUGGAAUCCUAUGAGGUGUCCAUUGCCCUCAUGCACCAGGCUCCCCAAGGCAAGUACCCUUUCAAGAAUAACCGCAAGCGCCAUCCCUCUCGGCCUUCAACCCCCGAUCCUCCUACGAAGCUCCCCAAAGGCAAAGGCCGAGGCAAAGGUGCCAAAGGUGGUCCUGCGAUGCCCAAGGAGCUUGUUGACCUGAAGGCAAAUGCCACCACACCUGAGGGUAAGAGCAUCUGUUAUGCAUUCAACUUGAAGGCCGGUGGCCUUUGGAUCGAGGGAGCUGGCGAGGAGGUCUGUCCCGACCCGGGGCAUCCAGAUGCCAAGGGACAUGUUCUGCAACUGCAUGAGCCGAUCCAGUUCGAUGCGCACCAGCUACAUGCGACGUGCCCGUGGACAGGUAAUCGCACUGUGCUAGCCGCUUUCGUAAUCAAUGAUUUCCACAAAUUGGAUGCUCAGCACCGCCAGCUUCUGCAGCACACUGCCUUUCGCCUGCCAAGCCUGUCUACUGGAGAGCUCCUCCCUUUGCGCCCAAGCAUCGCCUCGCGAUUCCCAGUGGUCCUUGAAGUUUUUGCGGGUACAGCUCGUGUGACCGCAGCCUUGCGUCGCUGUGGCUUCGUCGGGGCCCAAGGUGUUGAUCACGUGGUCGUGGAUCAUGCUGCCUGUCCUGUGCUGUUGGCCGAUUUGACUACGCAAGAGGGCCAGAGUUUGACAAUGAUGUGGCUUUCCAGCCCUCAUGUUGUGGGUGUCUUCAUCGCUCCACCGUGCGGCACCAGCUCUCGUGCCCGGGAGAUUGCACUCCCUGGGCCUUCUCCCGCCCCGCUGCGAUCACUAACUUUCCCUGACGGGCUGCCCCAUCUGUCCGGUCUCAACCUGGUGCGCGUCAACAAGGCCAAUCAGCUGUACCACUUUGCGUCUACCAUCUGUGCUGAGGCCCAUCGCCGCAACCUCAUCAUUGCUGUGGAAAAUCCGCGCAGUAGUCUUUAUUGGUCGACCAGCUUCUGGAAGGCUGCGGCCUCCUUUUGUCCUAUGCAUACUGAUUUUCCACACUGUGCCUUUGGCGGUCGCCGGCCCAAGUGGACUCGCCUUUGCCACAACCACCAAGCCUUCCAUGCUUUGCAUCGUGUCUGCCCCGGCGGUGCCUGUGCUGCCCAACACUUGCCCUGGGGUCGUUCUGAGGACGGCUCCUUUGCCACCGCCACCGAAAGCGCUUACCCGCCGCAGCUGGCCACAGCCAUCGCUCAAUGCUUCGCUCGAGCCGUUACUUUCCUACCCGAAGCCGAGCCCUCCCUUGCAGCCAUGAGGGCCACUUCCGGCCUUCAACCCAAGGCUUCUGCUGUGCCGCCUCUUGUCCCCGAGCACAAAGCCGUGCUUGUCAUGACCGGGCCGAGUGAUUCCACUUCCUUGCCGACCCUUCGCGCCCGACUGCCCAAGCCGUGGUCUGACUCGCGCUUCGAGCCUGCUGGGCCCGUGCCAGCCCACAGUCAAUUACUCCGAGCGGAUAAGAAGGGAAGUGAUCGACUUGAAUUGGCUUGGGGCAUAUCUUGGUCUCCAGAAGAGUUCAUACAUAAAGCGGUUCAAGCGGGACAUCCCAAAAGGUUCGACUCGCUACUGCCUUCCGCGCUGAGCCACAGCAUAGAUGUAAAUGCAAAAACAACGCCGGCCGAUAGAGCCGGCCUCAGAGCCGAAUGGUUUGCAAAGUGGACCAAACGUGCAGCAGAACUCUCGGGGGACGAAAAGAAGCUUAAGAGCUCUCUCCCCGAGUACGCCAGGAAAAUCGUCCUACCAAAAAGGAUUUUAUUGUGGCGUGAGAUCCUAGAGGAUCUCAAGUAUCCUGAUGUUGGAGUGCUAGACGAAAUGCUUGAAGGAGUGCACUUGACAGGUCAGACCCCUUGCACCGGGGUCUUUCCGGGGGCCUUUAAGCCAGCAAAAAGGACUUCAGAACAGCUGCGCUCCAAAGCUAGCGAGUCCCGCCAGAAGAUCCUCGAUGCGAUCAAAUCGCAGGGUCACCUGGAUGAAGCGCUAGAACAAAAGGUCGACGAAGAAGUGGAGCUUGGCUGGUUGUCCGAGCCGAUAGACCCGGCCGAUUUGCCGGAAGACGCCACAAUCAGCAGGAGGUUUGCGAUCGAGCAGUCAGGUAAGAUUCGCUUGAUAGAUGACCUGAGUGAUAGUGGUGUUAAUGGGUCUGUCCAAACCACCGAGAGCCCCAAACCUCAAUCCCUUGACGGGGUGGCCGCCAUGGCCUUGGCUUGUCUCAGACAGCUGCCUGGGACUCCCAUGCUAGGGAAAACGUUCGACUUAAAGAGCGCCUACAGACAAAUGUUUGUGUCUCCAGACGACCUCAAGGAAGCUUACAUUGCAUACUUCAGCCACCGCGAACGCAGAGUGAUCGUAAGGCAAAUGCUUGCGCUCCCGUUCGGGGCGACCAGAGCGGUGUUCUCCUAUUUGCGAGUGGCGCACUCUAUGUGGUACAUUGGGUGCUGGGCACUGAAGUUGAUUUGGUCGCACUUCUUCGACGACUUUUUAAGUCUGGCGACUCAGAUCGAAGCCAAAGCAGUCGACCUGGCAAUAUCUUCAUUGUUCAGGUUGCUAGGUUGGAAAGUCUCGGAGGACAAAGACAAACCCUUUGCUGAGAGUUUUGCUGCGCUUGGGGUACGGGUUAGUUUCGAACGAUUUUUGCAAGGGGAGGUCCUGUUCCAUAAUACGGAAAAGCGCAUCUUGGAGGUUUCAGCCACGCUGCGCCAUGCAGCUGAUGAUCCAGCCCUCACCCAGAAGGACCUGUCGCGCAUUCGGGGUCGCAUGGUCUUCGCAGGCCAGCUCUUCGGAAGAGCCGGCCGGUUAUGCGUGGCCGCCCUAGCUGGUGAAAGUUGCUCGACCAAAGCAAACCUUAGCAACGACGCAAAGCAAGCUAUGCUUCAGUUUGCCGACCUGCUUGAAGCCAACUGGCCGCGCGUGCUGAGAGAUGUGUCGGCAGAUCCAGUGUAUAUCUUCACUGAUGCUUCGUAUUCCGAGGUGAGUGGAGGUACUUUCUGCGGCAUAGGUGGAGUCUGCUUUGACCACAAAGGCCAUCCCCUUGGAUUUUUCUCCGAAGAGUUGUCUGGUUUUCAGAAGCGUCUACUAGGAGAGGGAAGGUCCAAGACCAUCAUCUUCGAGGCGGAACUUGCAACAAUCGUGAUCGCUUAUGUCCUGUGGAAAGAUUGGCUUAGGGGAAAACCUGCUGUGAUUUAUGUGGAUAAUAACUCCGCUAGAGACGUGUCAAUCAGUGGCACAUCACGGAAUGAUGUAGGCAAAUCGCUUGCAUCACUUCUUUUAACAGUGGAAUCCUUAGCCAAGACCUUUUCGUGGUUCGCUCGUGUUCCGUCACCAGCAAACAUAGCAGACACGCCUUCGCGUGAAGUGCUGAAAAGCUUCACCGUGUCAGGUUGCCCCGUCCCUCACUUCCCGUGCGAGAACAUCGUGUCCGAAGUCUUGGGCAUCUUAGUCAAGUAA